AUGGACCAGGCCUGCACCCCCGGCGCCCUGGCCGGCAAGCUGCUGCGCCUGCAGGCCCUCCGCGCCGCCGCCGCCGCCACGUGCUCCGCGGCGCCGCCGCCCGGCACCAGCCCCGCCGCCGCUGCCGCGUCCGCAGCCGGCAUGCGCGCGGACUGCCUUGCUGAGCUGGCGUUUGACCCCAAGCGCCCUGGCCCGCCGCGCCACCUGCGGGACGGCGAGGCGGCAUGGCACGCCGCACAGCAGCUGGGGCUGGAGGGCGCGUGGACGGCAGAGGAGGGCGCAGUCGCCGCGCAGCUGCUCGACGCGUUUGAGGGCGAGCGGGAAGCGGCGCUCGCCGGCGCGCCCAAAAGCGACCCCCUGAGGGCCGCCGUCAAGCGCGCUGCGCCGCCGCCGCCGGCCUGGCUCGCGCGGGCGGGCCGGCCGGGGCUUGGGCAGCUCAUGCGGCUCGCGGCCGCGAUGGGCGUCAGCGGGGACGAACUGCACGACGUGUUGGGGGCACGCGGCGAGGAGGCCGCCCACGCGGCGCGCGCGCGCCUGGAGGCCAUGGACCGUGCGGCCGAGGCGGUGGGCCCCGGGGCCCUGCUGGCGGCCGCCCCCUGGUUCCACGCAGACCACCUGCUGGGGGGAGGCGGCGCCACGGGAGCAGCGGCCGCGGGCGCGGAGAGGCCGGUCGACAAGGAGUGCGACUGGUGUGGCGAAGAGGCACUCACGGGCGGCCAGAGCGGCGGCGGCUUGGAGUGCGCGUCCUGCGGCUGCGCGCGUUACUGCAGCCAAGCCUGCGCUGCGCGGGCGUCCCCGCUGCACGCGCGCAACUGCUGGCGGCUGCGGCUGCUGUCGGCCAAGGGCGCCGUGCUGCGUGCCAGGUUUGACCCGGAACGGCCGGCGUUUGACUACGGGGACGACCCCGCCCAGCCGGCGGGCAACGGCCAUAGCUGA